AUGAAAAAAUCAAUUUUAAUAUUUGAUAAUGAUGCGAAGAGUAAUGAUAAAGAUUAUUUAUUAAAACAAAUUGAUCAUCGUUUAGUCAUAUUGGAACAAUUAAAAUUGAUACAUGAUAAACUAAAUAAUAUUCAACAAAUAAUUGAUACGUAUGUAACAAUGACUGAUAGACAACAACAACGGUAUCACAAUGGUCAAAUGUUAAUUACCAGUGCAUUGUUAGAUGAACAACAAAAACCAAUUAUUAAUAUUUAUAAUCAAUUACAAUUACUGUUAAAAUGUACUUUACAUAUCUAUGACACUUUAGAUCAAAUGUCUUCAUCAUUACUUUUACCCAUUGUGAAACAAUAUCAUCUUAAAUGUGCAACAAUUAGAUUAAAUUUGGAAACGAGUUUUGAUGUUAAUACUCUUCAAAUUGAUGAAUAUGAUCGUUUUAAAAUAUUUAUUGAUAAAUAUGAACAUGAAGAUACUCGACAUAUACCACCAAUUGAACAAAUAUUUGAUAAAAAUGAGCAAGCAUCAGAUAAAUGA